GAAGACCCAGAGCACUGCUGGGUGAAACUCCAGGGAGCCCUGGCCCCUCUGAGGAAGGAGCUGGAAGAGGCCCUGGCUCUGACGUCUAAAGAGAAGAAGAAAACCACAAAGUGGCAGAGGACAGUGAAAAAUAAGAGAGAGAUGAUUGCAGGUGAAUUUAACAAACUGCACACAUUGCUGAGAGAGGAGGAGCAGCUGCUUCUGCAGAGCCUGGAGGAGGAGGAGAGGGAGACUCUGCAGAGACUUCAGGAAAAUGUAACCAAACUCUCCCAGCAAAGCUCCUCUCUGCAGCAGCUGAUCGUGACUCUGGAUCCAGACACGGCUCAUCCCUGGCUCGUCCUGUCUGAGGAUUGGAAACGUGUGAGAGACGGAGACAAACGCCAGGAUCUGCCCAACAAGCCUGAGAGAUUUGAUCCUUGUGUCAAUGUCCUGGGCGCUGAGGGGUUCGCGGGCGGGAGACGUUACUGGGAGGUGGAGGUGGGAGACAAGACUGACUGGAACCUGGGGGUUUGUAGGGAAUCUGUGAGCAGGAAGGGGCCGGUCACACUCUCACCUGGGAAUGGAUACUGGGCCGUGGUGCUGAGGGAUGGGGGAUACAAGGCCUGCACCUCCCCCGCGACCCCCCUCCCCGUGACUGUCAGGCCCAGCUGGGUGGGGAUUUUCCUGGACUAUGAGGCGGGCGAGGUCUCGUUUUACAAUGUGACUGACAGGUCCCAUCUCUUCACUUUCACUGGCACCUUCUCCGGGACGCUCCGCUCUUAUUUCAGUCCUGGUCUCAACGCUGGGGGUACAAACGCGGCUCCCCUGAUAAUCUGCCCGGUCCCAGCUCAGGCCGGAGGGAAUCUCGGUCCCUGACAGUGACCCCGCGGCACAGACUGGCCCCUCCCAGCCCUGCUGCUCUUCCCACCCCCAGUGGUGGG